CAAGGGCAUUCUGAAUGAGCGUGCUUCGUGUCUGGCCGUCUCCCUGCUGUGUGGGCGAGGAAGGGACCCCUAGGCUCCACAAGGCUCAACAUAAUCAGUGUUGGUAUAUGUGUAUGGAAGUAUUGAAUGGUUAGUCUGAGAUACUAUCCCUAAAACUCUGUGUGUGUGAAAAUGACGACCUUGCUCUCAGAGUCUCUGCCUAAAUUCCACGGAAGGAACAUCUUGCACACUGUGUGUCGUCUGCCUGGUUUUCCCAAUGACCUAUUAAACGAAGGUACUAAUAAAGCAGGGCGCAGUCGUUAUGAACUAAUGGAAAUUGCGCAAAAAUUUCUCAAACAAAGAAUUAGGGACGGAGAUAAACAAGCAGUGUUCCUCCUGGGUCAGAUGUAUUUCGAAGAGGGGUGGUACGAAGAUGCUUUGUCACUAUUUGAAAAAGUAGAAGAUGACGAUUACCAGGCCUUAUAUCAAGCAGGAGUAAUGUAUUAUGAUGGCCUGGGAACCAAAGAAGACACUGGAAAAGGGGUAGAAUGCAUGAAAAGAAUACUGUCGUCAAACAACAGAAGAGCUAGCCAUCUAAAAUAUGCCGCAGCGUACAAUUUAGGACGGGCAUGCUUUGAAGGAUAUGGGAUGCCCCAUUCUGAUGCAGAAGCAGAGAGGUAUUGGCUUAUCGCUGCGGACAAUGGCAAUCCGGAAGCAAGUAUCCAUGCACAGACUGCCCUGGGGAUGUAUUAUUCAAGACCUUCCAACAAAGAUCUACAAAAGGCCUUUUCCUGGCAUUCUGAAGCUUGCGGUAAUGGAAGUUUGGAGUCCCAAGGUGCACUGGGUGUCAUGUAUCUCCAUGGAAUAGGAACAAAGAAAGAUCUUGAGUCGUCCAUUGAGUGCUUUAAGGAGGCAGCAGAGCGUGGCAACAUAUAUGCUCAAGGACAGCUGGUAGCUUGCUACUAUCACCGGAAACUUUAUACAAUAGCAGUUGAACUGGCCAAACGGGUUGUAGUGUAUGAGAACAUUGAUCAGCUAGCAAAGGCAACAGAUUGCAUUCCCUUAUUCGCAAGAAAAGGCGUUGCCAUGGCCACAUUCUACUUGGCUAGAUGUCUUCAGCUUGGUUUGGGCAUAAAACAAGAUGAAGCAGAUGCUAGACAAUAUUACUCCAAGGCUUGCCUCCUGGAUGCGAACGUGGCUUCAGAUCUUCACUACGAUCUCAUUUACAGCAAAAUCUAGUUACAUUGUACGUGAGAAUAAAUAAUUCCAGAGAGCAAUUGAUUUAGUUUUGUUCCCACUUUUUCCCAUUGGAUUCUUAAUAAGGCACUCACAGCCAAUAAAUGUCUUAAAAAAUAUACAAAUUACUUUACCAAAAAAAUUAUUUUAAAAUACAUGCAAUAAGUGGUCUAUAAUGAGAAAUGAUGGGCUCAGAUUAAAUAAGCAGGUGAAAUGCAAGAACUCAAUUUGUGUCUUUUUGCUUUCUGUGCUUUAAUAAAGCAUUUUGAAUUGGGGAGGGGGAUAUGUGAGGAUCCAAGUUCCCAUGACAGUUAGCAGCCACAGUUUUCAAUAAAAUCCUGAUUUUCAUCCAAUUUUAAUGA